AAUUUUUGGUGUCACGUCAUUUCAUCGCGGCUAAAUGCAUCGUGCGUCAAUUCACCGUGGUUAUUUUAUCGCAACGUCAAUUUAUCGCGUAUUAUCGUUUUUAUGAUUUUUGAACUCUAAUGAUAUCUGCUAAUGCUAGCCUCAGUCUUAUGACAACUGUCAAAUCGUCAUUUUACCCGUCGUGUAUUUAUCGAAUACGCUAAUUUAUUAUUAUAAUAAAAUUAUUUUAUUAUGACUUUUCAAAUGCUAAAAACUGAGAAAGGGAAGGAUAUGCUUUGCUACGAUGGCCACAUUUUUUUAAAAGAAAAAGAAAAUGGCACGAAAUCCAUAUGGAAAUGUAAUCAGUAUUAUAAAAAUAAAUGUCGCGGACGACUUCACCUAAGCAAAGUGAAAAUAUUAAAAAACACUGACCAUAAUCACGUUCCAAGUUCAUCAGAAAUUCAGAUAAAAAAAACACUUAAUAAACUAAAAGAUAUAGCCAGUAAUAAUAGUGAUAUGAGUACACAAUCGGUAAUAGGUUCAGCACUUAAUCAAAUUCCUAUUGAAUCGUCUGGGCAGUUACCUAAUAUAAAUAUACUUAAACGUACUAUUCAACGUGUACAUAAGCAAAAAUUACAGUUGCCCAACGACCCGACAGACUUAAAUUUUAUCAUACCCGAUGAAAUGACAAAAAUCAUAGAUGAAAAUCUUUUUUUGCAAUAUGAUAGUGGUAUUAAUAUUUAAUACUGAACGAAUUUUAAUUUUUUCAACAACACGUUUAUUGUAUCUUAUGACACAAUGCGACAACUGGUUUUGUGAUGGCACAUUUUCUAGUGCACCAUCAUUAUUUUAUCAAUUAUAUACAAUUCACGCUGUUCAGUAUUCUAAUGUGUUACCGUCUGUUUACAUCUUAUUACCAAAUAAAAAAGAAAACACCUAUAAACAUAUGUUUCAAGCACUAAAAACAAUUGAGCCUGAUCUAAGUCUUAAGACAAUUAUAGUCGACUUUGAAAAUGGUGCAAUGAAUGCAAUAACUUCUGAAUUUCCUGAAGCAAAACUAAAAGAUUGUUUCUUUCAUUUGUCGCAAUGUAUUUGGCGACAAAUUCAAGCCGCAGGCCACCAAAAAAAAAUAUAUAGAUGACGUAACUUUUGCGCUACAGAUUCGUAAACUACCAAGCUUAGCUUAUGUACCAGAAAAUAAGGUUAUUGAGUCUUAUGAAAAAUUGUUGGACACCAAAUACUUUAUUGAAAAUGACGAACUACUAUCACCAAUUCUUAAUUAUUUUGACAAUACUUGGAUAGGACGUACUGACUGGCGACAAAAAAGGCGAUCACCUACUUUUAAAAUUUCGAUUUGGAACUGCUAUUCGUUGGUUUCUGAAGAUUUACCAAGAACAAAUAAUGCUGUUGAAGGAUGGCACAAUUGUUUUACAUCGAUCUUAAAUCAAUGUCAUCCAAGUAUAUGGAAAUUUAUAUUAGCAUUGAAAAAAGAGGAAAACACAAAUAAAAUAAAAAUCGAACAAUAUAUAGCUGGAGAAUGUCCACCAGCAAAAAAAAAGUAUCAAGAUAAAGCUCAACGUCUAAAACAAUAUGCUAUGAUUUUGAAAAUAGAUCUAUCGACGACUAUUUACAAGGAAUAGUUCAUAAUUUUCAAUUGCAAUUGUAAAUUUUGUAAAUAAUGUAUAUUAUGUAAACGACAAACAAUAUUUAUUGUGAUUUUUCGUGAUUAUUUAAAUAAUAAAAUUUGGCGAUAAAUUGACGUGCGACCACGAUAAAUUGACAUGCGAUGAAUUGACCGCAAUCAUUUGACGCGCGAUGAAUUUAGCUACGGUGAAUUGACGUAUAUCCGUAAUUUUUAUUUCUGUAUAUUAUAAUAUUCAUAAGCAUACCCAGGAAUUUAUUUGGAGCCUGGUUUCAAUAAUCAAUAAUUACUUUUUUAUUUUUACUUUUUUAUUACUUUUUUUUUUUUAUACCUAACAGAUUUCUUAUAAACAUAUUUUAUACAAGCAAAAAUCUAGUAAAUCAUAAAUUAAUGCCAACUUAUUUCGAAGGCAAUAUUUGAGGAGUAUUAAAAUAAUGUUUUGUUAAAUUAUUAAGUACUUACUCAAAUAAUAAGUGUUGAAAUUAUCUAUUAAAAUACUGAUGAAUAUGCUAGAACUUAGAUAAGUAUUACUAUAAAAUUAAAUAGUUUUUAGGAACUUCAAUAAAUUUUUUAGCCAUGAA